CACGCCCCCUCCCUCCUGCACGGCACGCGCUCGCUGGAGUGAGUGAUGCGCGUGCGACUGCUAAUAUUAAACACAGUCUGCCAGAAUGAGUGAAGACGAGCGCAUUAUCAACAGGUGGUUUUUCGACGUCUGUGUGUUCAAGGCGCUCGAGAGUUUCAGAAAUGGAGACUACACGGAUUUCGCGAAAAUCACCAACGUUAUCGAGAGUAUGGUGGUGCUGCCCAUGGACGGGCGCGGAGACACGGUCCUGAAGCUGCGCUGCAUGCAGUUCCUGUCCAGGGUCAACAACGGGGACAAGCUGGAUCUGACGUUCGAGGAGCCGAAGACGCCGCUGGAGUCGGCUCUGGCCGUCCUGGAGUCGCUGUGCCGAGAGCUGGACGUCCCGCAGCGAGAGCAGCAGCGCGUGCACAACGCCAUCACCGAGAUGCUCAUAGUGGUGUGCAUCAGGGGUGGGGAGUUCGAGAAGGCGGAGGAGGUCCUGCACAGGCACUUCAGCACAGCCGCAGACUCAGCUGGGAAGAAGAAGCUGCUGGCGAGUCUGAUCCAGCGGAGGCGCUCGUCUCACUCGGUUCUGCAGCUGAUCUCCUACAGCGACUUCAAGCAGGACAUGCUGGAGUUCAUCGAGCGGCUGUACCGCGUGCCCGAGCCCUUCCUCACGCAGAUGCUGAAGCGCUCUGGACAUCUCCGCCUGAGCGCUGAGCCCACGACCACAUCAUCAUCCUCAUCAUUAUCGCCAUCACGGGGGGGGCGGAGCUCCCCGCAGAAGCCCAGCACAGCAGCAGCCGAGGAUCAUGGCGGCGUGUGCUGUGUGAGUCUGCAGAGUGUGCGGCAGGUGUACGGCGAGCUGUGUGAGGAGUGUGGCGCGAGCGUGCCGUUCUCUCGGCUCCUGGAGGAGGUGGAGCUGGAGGCGCAGCAGCCGAGCCGAGAGUCGCCCGAGGCCGAGCUCCACCUGGCUCUGUCCGAGACGCCCAUGGAGCCGGCGGAGAGGCUGUGCGCCCUCGAGCCGCGCGUCACCUUACGCCGCUACACUGGCAUGACCAUAUCACGCCUGGUCACGGAGGAGGACAGCCAGCUCAGCGGAGACGACUCCCAGGACAUCUCGCGGAUCAGCGGCUGCGCACCCCUCCAGAGGUCACCUCAGAGGCUCAUCAUUCACAGUGAUCCAGAGUCGGAGGAUAUCGAGACUGUCAGACGAAAAUCCACAGAGAAGAAGCGUGAUGACAGGCUCAUCAUUCACAGUGAUCCAGAGUCGGAGGAUAUCGAGACUGUCAGACGAAAAUCCACAGACAACCAGCGUGAUGACAGGGUUCGAACAGAGAGUCAUGAAACCCCUGGAAAAGUUUUGGAAAAAAAAUUAUCUGUCAGACACUCGGGGAAGAAAACACACAACAGCCGCAGGGUGGUUUUGUCCAGUGGUGAGGAGUGUGAGGAUCCUCCGUCUGACAGACACGCAGCCGGACAGGAGCCGCAUGACAGCAGUGACCCAGAGUGUGUGUUGGAGGAGCGUGCGGCGCCCCAGAGCUCGACUCCUGCGCACCACAGCAGAACCGCUCAGAGCGAUCACAGUAGUGGUGAAUCGCGCUCAACUCCGUCUGUCAGACGCUCGGGGAAGAAAACACACAACAGCCGCAGUGUGGUUUUGUCCAGUGAUGAGGAGUGUGAGGAUCCUCCGUCUGACAGACACGCAGCCGGACAGGAGCCGCAUGACAGCAGUGACCCAGAGUGUGUGUUGGAGGAGUGUGCGGCGCCCCAGAGCUCGACUCCUGCGCACCACAGCAGAACCGCUCAGAGCGAUCACAGUGAGUCUGAGGUUCACAGCACUCGCCCGCAGGUGCGCAGCUCUCCAGCCGACAGCCGCUCCUCGUCCUCAGGGAAGCGCAGCGCCAAGAGGGCCCCGUGGCAGGACGCGUCAGGGGUUCAGGAGGACUGGAGUGACGAGGAGUCUCUGUUCGGCACCGCUUCAGGUCCAUCCCACAAGAAGACCAAGAGGUACACCAGGAAGCUGUGGACGGUGCAGGAGUCGGACUGGCUGAAGGAGGGCGUGCGGCGCUUCGGCGUGGGACACUGGGAGCCGAUCCGCUGCGCCUUCCCCUUCACGGGACGCACCGCCUGCAACCUGAAGGACCGCUGGAGGACCAUGGUCAAGCUCAAGAUGGUGUGACACACACACCUGCAUUUUAUACCCAUGUUCUUGUUCACAAACUGUUUUAUAGCACCGGAUGUGUGAGUGUGUGAGAGAGAGGUUUUUGUUUCUUAUUAAAUGUUCGUUAUGAUGGA